AUGAUGACCGGAAACGUGAACGGCGGUGGAAGAGGAGGAGGAGAAGGACCGUGCGGGGCAUGCAAGUUCUUGAGGAGAAAGUGUGUCAAAGGGUGCGUUUUCGCUCCUUACUUCGAUGCAGAGCAAGGCACGGCGAGGUUUGCAGCGGUUCAUAAAGUGUUUGGAGCCAGCAAUGCCUCUAAAAUGUUACUGAGAUUACCCUUGCACAAGCGGUUUGACGCAGUGGUCACGCUAUGCUACGAGGCCAUGGCUAGGCUUCGUGAUCCUGUUUAUGGCUCUGUUGGCCAUCUCUUCUCUCUUCAACAUCAGGUGAUGAAUCUACAAGCAGAGCUUGCUCAUGUUCAAGCUCGUCUUUCAACAUUUCAACGCUUUCCUCUACAGUCGCCACAACAAAUGCAGCCACCGCCUUAUGAUCUUGUGCAUAACGAUGAAUAUCCGAUGGAACAGCCGAGUAACUUGAGUAGUGUGUGGGAAGAAGAACAUUUACUUCAAGAUGGAACUGAAGAUGGGGAAUUCCAAGAAAUGGCGAUGCAGUACAUCUCAAGGUACUUACCGGCGGUCAAACUUCCGGCUUGCACUUAG